AUGGAUCACCAACCGUUGUUGCGUCAGCAGCACAACAACAACGACAGCAGCAGUAAUACCGUCGUCAUCACCAUGGAGAAGGACUCGGCACCCAAUGCAAGAUCCCCCAAGGAGAGUCAUUCCGUCCAACGCUCAUUCGGAUUCAAGAACAUGGUCAUCUAUGUCCUCCUCUUUGUCAACUUGCUCCUCUGCUCAAGGUUGUUCUCGACCUGGUCCUUUGGCAGCAACAAUAAUACCGUGGGCGCGUUUAAUGCUGCGGGCGCCAACUGUGAUUGUUCUACCCUGGGCGAAGGUGAAGGUGGGGAGCACGAGGGCGGCGAUGCCUCUACGCCAGAGUUCUGGAUCAAGAUGGCCCUGAUCAUGUUCUUGGUCUUGAUCGGUGGAACGAACCUUCAGGUGUUGAUGGCUUCCGGCACGCCAACGGAACAAGUUCAUGCCGAGACGGUGUACAAGUUGCUGUCGCGCGGAAAGCAUUGGGUCUUGGUAACCUUGUUGCUGGGUAAUGUAAUCGUGAACGAAACGCUUCCUGUUGUCUUGGACUCGGAACUUGGCGGUGGAGUGUUCGCCAUUCUUAUCUCGACCCUCUUGAUCGUCGUCUUUGGCGAGAUUAUCCCUCAAGCUGCCUGCGCUCGUUAUGGUCUCGCCAUUGGAUCGUACUGCGCCAAGCCCAUGCUGGUCUUUAUGUAUAUCAUGUCGCCCGUCUCGUACCCUAUCGCCAUGUUACUGGAUAAGUGGCUGGGCGUUCAUCACGGAACGACAUACCGCAGAACCGAGCUCAAGACCUUGGUCUCGUUGCACCAGGUCGAUGGAAUGGGCGAGUUGACCGAUGACGAGGUUACGAUCAUUGCCUCUGUCCUUGAUCUCAAGGAGAAGGCCAUCUCAACAGUCAUGACCCCCCUCGAUGAUGUUUUCGCGCUCAGUGAGGACGCCAUCUUGGACGAGGAGCUGAUGGAGGAGAUUGUCAACAAAGGCCAUUCGCGUAUCCCUAUCUACCGCCACGACGAUCCCAGCAACUUUAUUGGAAUGCUUCUUGUCAAGAGUUUGAUUACUUACGACCCUGAGGACCAUAUCCCUGUCCGCCAGUUCAAGAUCAACUCUCUCCCUGAGGCCGCCCCCAACACCAGCUGUCUUGAUAUUUUGAACUUUUUCCAGGAGGGUCGUUCCCACAUGGCGAUUGUUACCUCGGAGCCCGGCGGAUUCGGUCACCCCGUGGGCGUGAUUACCCUCGAGGAUGUGAUUGAGGAGCUUUUGGGCGAGGAGAUUGUGGACGAGUCGGAUGUCUAUGUCGAUAUCCACAACAAGAUCCGAGUCAUCCGCAAGCCCUCCAAGAACGUCAAGAUGAUCAAGAGCUUGAAGUCGUUGUUACAGUCGCCCGCCAUCAGUGACGCGUCGCCACUUCUGGGUAACAAGGGUACUGUAUCGGAUCGUCGUACUGCCACCAUACCGAUUGAGAACAAUUAUAUGGCGACUGGAAAGACUAUCUUGCUCCGUAACCCCUCGGUCGCGCUUUUGGAUAACGCUGCCGUGGCCAAAGCCACCGACAUCAACACCACCGCCAAUGCUCACAUCUCCGCCACCCCUGCUGAGCAAGAAGAGUCGUCGUCGACGGUUGUGAACCCCAAGCCCACUGCUGCCAAUGGAAACAAGGACUCGCCCGUGGUCAAUUUCAAGGAUCAGGUCCAGGUGGUUCAGGAGUUGGCCAGCAAGGAUACCCCGGAGGAUAUUCAGGAGCGGUCUGUGACGAUCGAGGUGCCCGAUACUGAUUGUGGUGGUGUCUACACGAUUGACCCGCCCUCGGAUGCUGCUGUUGCCGAUGCUGCUGGAGAUAUUGUCACUACCCAGGCUCAGAUCGUUCCCGAAACAUUUGCUACGCCAGUGGUUGCAAAGGAUGAGGAGGAAGUUGUUGUAGAGGAGGUGACCCCAAGAUCGGCCGAAGUCCAGUUCGAGGCCGAGAGACCUAAAGAGGUGUUGUUGACGGAUGAGCCAACAGAGAAGACGACUACUUCGUCGAGCGGCGCCCGUGCAUUGCCUGGAUCUGAAUCGACCUCGACACUGAUAUCAACGACUACUCUUGAUGACAAUGUUGCGGUCAACUCUCCUGCUUCCAGCGCUUCCAAGAAGAAGAAGAACAAGAAGAAGAAGUCUAACAAGUAG